AUGGGAAAAAAAGUUAAGAAAGAAGCUGAACCACCGCCGAAAGAUGUGUUUGAUCCAUUAGCAAUUGAAAGUAAGAAGGCCGAAACGGCUGUGUUGAUGCUGCAGUCCCCAGAAGAAGAAAUUCUCACAAAAGCCUGUGACGCCUUGUAUAAGUUUGCACAGAAAGAUGACGUCCGGAAACUGAUGCGGAAGCUGGAUAUCAUACCUUCUUUAAUUGCUCGUCUUGUUCCAGAAGAGGAAGUAGUGGUUCAUGAGUUUGCUACUCUUUGUCUAGCACACAUGGCCACUGACUAUUCCAACAAGGCGAAAAUAUUUGAGCUGAAUGGCUUAGAACAUCUCAUCCGUUUAUUAGGCAGCCCUGAUCCUGAUGUCAAGAAGAAUUCUGUUGAAUGUAUUUAUUUGUUGGCCCAGGACUUCCAGAGUCGCAGUGCUGUGUGUGAAAACAAUGCCGUACCUCCGUUGUUGGAGCUCUUAAAGUCAGACUAUCCAGUUAUUCAGCAGUUGUCUCUGAAGGCUCUUUGCAGUAUCAGCUGUGAAGCAGAGUGCAGGUUGGCUCUCAAGGAGAACCAAGCCAUGGAUCAUCUCUUAAAAAUCCUGGAAGCCAAGGAGCUUAAUGACUUACACGUGGAGGCCCUUCUGAUAAUUGCUAACUGCCUUGAGGAUGCAGACACUGUGCAGCUUCUCCAGCAGUCAGGAGGACUGAAGAAGAUUCUGACCUUUGCAGAGACAUCCCCGCUGGCUGACAUACAG